GGCGGGCACAGCACACGGAGCGAGAUCAGAGAGCGAGACACGCACAGGCAGAGAAAACAUCAAUAAGCAGCUGCAGCAGCUCUCGUCGUCUUGGGUUCAGCGUGAGCAAGCGGAUCGAGCCAGCCAAAAGUCAGUGUCCGGUGCGGUCGGACACUGCGUCCAUGUCGGUGCUCCGGCCUGCGAGCACCCACUUGCUCCCUGCACUUUUGUUCCCCUGAGGAUGCUGCGAGCGUGGACCCUGCUCGCCGCGGUCGCCUGCGCCGUUGCCCUCGGCGGCGCGGGCGUUUCAGCAGUAGAGGUGCACUUUGAAAACAAAGACGGCGGCUUCUUCCUGAAAUACGUGCCGGCCGAGCAGAGCAGCAAGACCGAGCUUGAGGCAGCGGCCGAGACGGCCGAAGAAGCAGCCGAUGAUGAAGAGGAGGAGGCAGCGGCGGUGUUGAGCGAGGAACACCUGACCGUGCUGCAGAGCGCGCAGCCGGCGGCCGUCAGGGCCACUUUCGGGCCUUUCUCCACCAAGCAGACGGUGCCAGCUCGCUACGUUGUGCCCGACGCCACCGUAGACGCGUCGGCGCCACCGCCCCCGGCGCCUCUGCCACCCGACGUGCUCGACGCCGACCUGUUGGCGCACACCCUGGACGUUAGCGCGCACCUCGUGACGCCGCAGGUGCCCCGCGACGCGCCCGUCCUGCGCGUCCUCUUCCACGCAGGCCAACACAAGGCCGCGGCGCCGCCCGUCGGCGCGCCGCCACCGGCCGCGGCAUCCGGCCGCCGCCAGCAGCGCGUAUGCAUCGUGCUGCACGCCACCCUCGCCGACAGGCCCGCGGAGGCUGCCGCCUGCAGCCCCGGCGGCGACGACGGCGUCUGCCUCGCGCAGCUCACACUCCCGGCCGCCUGGUGGCCCUCCCUGCCCAGCCCCGACUUUUUCUCGGAGCCACCCCACGAGACCAAGCCGGUCAACAAGGUACCGCGUCGUAUGGUGCGCAUUUCAUACUCCGUGUUCGAGCCACGCGGCUCCGAACCAUGUUCGCCUUCGCCGAGUGCGCGGGUGCAGAUCCAGCCGGCGACGCCGCUGGGCGCGGUGCCCCUGGUCAGCGCGGUUGCCCCGUACCGCAAAUUGCGCGCCGACCCCGGACUGGCCAUGGUGCUGCCCUACGCACCCCUCUACCCCCGUUCCCGCUUCUACGUGCCCCUCUUUGUCCAGCCGAGGCCUAACGCACCGGCCGUCUCCGUCCUACUCAUCAGGGCGCGAGUGAAAAGCGGGUUGCGGAUUCUUGGCGCGCAAGCAACCUCGUCGCGGUGGCACGUGACCGUGGAGACAAACCCCAAGCAGACGAUCGCCACCGUGACUGCCUUCAGGAAGGAUGAAAACAGUGGUGUGGCACCGCCAACUAGCCUCGAAACCGAACCUCCAGCGCAGCCGACCAACGAGGCCGACUCCGAAAGCAGUUCUGGCGCCGAGGAAGUGUUCAACUGGCUGCUGGAGGUGGAGGAGAGCUCGGAGCCAUGGGAGGGUGGCCGCGUCGUCUGGGGCAUCCGCUACGUGCUCGAGGGCGACACCCGCUUCCACGGCCAGCACACGCCAUCGCCCGCCACUGCCUCCGCCGCCUCCUCCUCAUCCGCCACCUCCAGCUCACACUUCGCCCUGCAGCAGCGACGCGCCCGCCUCCUCAAGGAGGGUGGCGGCGCCGUCGCGGCCGCCGCCGUCGCGCACGAUGAGGACGAGAGACGCAAGAUCACCGCGCGUUUUGAGACGCAGAAAGACGACAUACAUGCUGUCCUCCCUAUUUCCAAGAGCUGGGAGGUGCUGAACACGGCGGUGCUGACUGGCAGACAGGUGUCGCAGGCGAUGAAAGUGUUCAUCGUGAGCAGGGCGGGCAAGGUGGCCGACGUCACCCUGCAGGCGUCGUGCCGCUCCGUCGAGGAAAGCGUUCUCAAGGUGUCGUCGUCGUGCAGCUCGGUGUACGUGGACGGCUCGGAGGUGCGAGGCUCGAGCAAUGCGUCUGUGUUGGUGCAGUAUGGCCCUUACUCAGGCGUGGCCAAGUUCACCGUGUGGACGCCCGAGUACCCCCUGGAGGUGUCCGUCGGUGACCAGCGCCUCAGUCAGGUCAAGGGCUGGCGGGUGCCCGACCUAGCCGCUGGCUCAUCCAUCAGCAAAACGAAGCGCUCCCCAGCUGAGGAGUCAAGUUACACGAGCAGCGGACGCUUCAUUCGCGGAGGAGGCUGGCUCGAGCCCCUCUCACCUGACGAGAAAUUAGAGUCCGCUGACCGGCCGCACUGCCGACUCCGUUUCCAGCAGACCAAUGUUGAGGUUUACUCUCGUUUCUAUGCUGACGACCACGACGUUGGCCGCAUUUCUUUCUUUAGCUCAAAACGCACCUGGCUCAGGGUUACUGACCUUGUGCUCGGUCUGCUCAGGGUUUCCGACGCUCGCAUCGCCUCACUCCACGGCCGCACCCUCCAGGGACAGAGCGUCGGUAGAACAGAAGUUCAGGUGGUGUCACCGGUGACGGGUCGCGUGCUCGGCGCCAAGGAGAUCCGCGUGAGCAACGAUCGCGUUUCUGUGUCUGGACUGACGGUGCGGGUGGUGUCCGGGCUGCAGCUGUCCAUCUCGCCAGAUGGGACAGCUAACGGCUACGUGGCGACGACGUCUGUGACGCGGCGACUGACGGCACAGUACCAGGAGGGCCUGCUGGACGUGGAAUUGCGCUUCAACGACGACACAAGUACGGCGCUGCGUGACGUCAGCGUUGCCGACUACCUUCUCACCGUCGACAGUCAGAACCCGGAGGUGGUGGCGUUCGCUCCCAUGGCCGCCUCGCCGCACCCGCGCGUCAUCGCGGUCGGCGAGGGCCACGGCCCCCUGCUCAGGCUCACCCUGCGCCUGCCAGACAGGUGUGCCGGUCCUGCGGCCACCAAGGGCCGCGCGGCCUCCGCCACUGUCAAGGGCCGCCCGCCGACGCCGCUAGUCCCCAGCAACAACGUGCUUGCUACCGCAUUUGCUGACGUUAAGGUCGACUUCUCCGGCAGCCAGCGCCCUGAGUUUGUGCAGAACGAUGGUAGCGAGGCGGUGAACUAUGGCAACGCCCGAGUUGCCCUACACGAAAUCACUAACAUCCAAGACAUCCUCAUUGGCGUCCCAAUGAAGGACGAGAACAACCACGAGCCGACGGUGCAGGCGCGGCAACACCCGGCGCAGCGGCUGCACGCGGCCAUGACGCCGUUGGAGAUCGGCAUGUACGUGCUGUUGGGCGCCUUCUGCCUCGCCAUCGUCGUCUUCGUCGUCUCGUGCGUCGUCUACGCGUCCAAGUUCAAGGACGAGCACGCGGCCGCCGUGGCAGCCGCGCGGCGACCGAUGGCCGCAGCAGGCCAGCCACACGUGCGGCUGUUGGCGUCGUCGGCCAGCGGCAACAAGCGCGACUCAACCACCAACGCGCACGACUGGGUGUGGCUGGGACGCGCAACUCUCGAGCGGACGCAGCCGCGGGGGCCCGCUGUCCGCCUCACGGCCAACCCGGCCUUCCAGGUAGCCAGCUUUGACAACCCGUGCCAUGUAGAGCUGCCGUCGCGCCCGCCACCCCUCAACACUGCCACCUACUGCAAGCGGCCUGCCUCACAGAACGACAACAGCGAGUGGCACAUAACGGAGCCGCCACCACUGCCACCGCACGCGAGCUCGGCGCUGUCACCGAGCGACCCAAGCUACAAGCCGCCGGUGCCCCCGCACCGCAACCUGAACCCUGCGUCGGCGCCUGUGAGCCCGCCACCGCGCGUGCAGUCGUCGUCGUCGUCUCCGGUGCCAGAGCUGCCGCGGCGCAAGGGCCGGGGGCGCGGCCGGGGGCGGUCAUCGGCCGCCUCCGCCGACGCUGUCACCGCCGACGAGCUGCUGAUGGUGAAGCGGGCGCACGUGGUUGGCAACCCCAUGUUCAGCGAGCAGGAGCAGGAGGAGCUGAUGGCGAGCGACGUCGGCCUCGACCUCAACCUCGGCAUGGACUACGAGCAGAUCCUUGAGUACUUCGACAACCUGAAAGAGUCGAAUGCUUGAGGCCUUUCCCUUCUCGAUCAUUUAUUCACUCUUUGCUCAGCUCCAAGCUGCCGGAAUCGGUCUUUGUUCCGUUCUUGAUUUCCGUUCCGCCCUCCGUGCGAUUUGACGCGAAGACGGCGUCGACAAGAACGCUGUCGACUCGUUAGCCGAGUUUUCUCGAGUCUCCCGCGUGACUGCCCGCUCGCCAUGACUGAAACGGUGAUGUAAAUUUUAUUUGGGAAAAUCAAAAGACCGCAAUUUUGCGCAUUUUUACCGAGCAAAAUGUAAAAAAUAAUAUUUAUUCAUAUUUAGGACCAAUAUGACGUAGACAUUUAAGGAAAUCUACAUCAAAUAUUGUGAGACCUGAUUCGUUUAAUUAUUUAAUUAAACAAUUAGAUUGGGUGACCGCCAAUUUAAAUGGCAGACUUUGUAAAGCAACUUUUUUCUUUUCAUCCAUUAGGCAUUGUAUCACAUUUGUUGCGCUCGCCGUUUCUCGUUAAGGCGGAGCAGUAAAACCAUCCAGAGCCGUUGCCGGGUCCUACGGGGGCUGCACGAGCUUUCAGAAAAGCAGGUGCAUCCCCCGAGAGCGAUUACUUAUUGCCCCCGGCGGAGCAGUUGCGUUAUUCCAUCAAUUAGACAUUAUAGUUUGAGGAAAAUUGCGCGCACCGACUCGCAGCGGAGCCUUGUGAGGACCAAAGCGGACUUUCCGUUCCCAAACGAAAAUAUAUUCACUUUCCGACUUUUCAGUGCAAUAUAUUAAUUAUACCGGAGAAACACACACACACAUACACACACACACGUAUACACGAUGAUGCGUUCGGUGAUUAUUUGAUUUGGCUUAGAGCGACUCGUGUAAAUAGCUGCCUAGGUGUAAAGAAUUUUGUACGUUCCUAACUGGUCCACCUUGCAGGGAAAUUUACGGAGGCGAAGAAAUAGCUAAAAUAUAAUCAAACUCGAGACGUCAGAACGGUCAAUUCAGCAGAUGAAUAUAUACACACACACACACACACUAAAAAGCAUCAUUAUAUGAACAUUCCUAUAAACAAACGCAUGUUUCGUACACCGCGCUUGAAAACAAUACUAACGCUUGAUUGGUUUGCUGUCAAAUGAUCGGUUUCCAUGUGCAUAUCAUGUAAUUGUUAGCCGAGUGCAUGUUCCACGUAACGCAAGAGAGCUUGUCAGUGUUAAAAAAUAACUCAGUGACCAACACGCAGAUCAUUUAUUUUUUCUAAUUCACGCAGUUUUUGUCCGGAAGCAAAAAUAAUAUUUUCCUGCGGUCAUUUGGGUAUCAAACGAAAGACUUUUGCUAACGUGUUAUUUUAGACGAGGGCAGUUGUAACUUUCCUAUAACUUGCUCAAACCGAUUUGUAGCAAGUUCGAUUACCUCUUCCAGACGCUUUGUUAUUUUCGGCAGCCUUCGGUAGGAAAAUUUAAUAAAAAGAAAAAAUAAUACUCAUCGCCACCCUUCAAAAGACAGGGUGUCUAAUUCUAGUCUAAAAACGCGAAAUGUGUUUGUUAAACCAAGAAGCAAGCAAUCUCACGCCAUUUUUAAGCUACGCACAGACUCGACACGCGCGGCUCUCUAAUUUGCUUUUAGCGUAAUUAGGCUUUAAAGAUUUGAAGGACUUGGACCGUAAAGGUUGAAAAUUGUUUAAAAGCUCGCCGCACUAUGAGAGGAGUAAAAUUUGCAUCAGAAUUCUCAGAAUAUUAUUCUGCAGACUAAAGAGGAAAAAUUGGACAUUAAUUUCUCUGGCCAACAAUUGAAAGGGGUUGAGAAUUUAACUAAAUCUUUAUUCUGAAGCAUAAUUUCCUGGAAAAGUAAAUGCUAAAAAUGCUAUGCAAAGUGUCCUCAGUUUUUAGACCAAUUCUCGAUUUUGACCGAGCACGUCCUUUAAUAUGAAUCUAGUCACGAGAUUCGCCCACCGAGAUCAUAAAUAAAUACGUCUUCAAUUGCCGUGUCUAGUCAUAUUCCCGAAUCGCUUUUUGUGUACAACGUUGGGUUUGCUGGCAAAAUGCACGAACUGACUGUUAAUUUUAGCCUUUUCCAUCUUCUCUUUCUUGAUUGUGCAGCAAUAAUCACACACACGUAAAUUAUAAAUGAUAUUUAAUAGUUUUUAAUUUCGUACAGCUGUGUAUGCUCAAACCUUGAUUAUGCAGAAUGACGACGAGCGAAAUUGAAGAAUAAUCUCAUAAGUUAAAAAAAAUACACGAGAAAUAAAUGUUCCCGCCGGUGCUUUCACGCGACACUCGACAAAAGGGACGAAGAGAGAGCCUCGGCGACAACUGUUUAAAUAUUGUGUAGAGAAAGAAAAGUGUUGUGAGUAUAAAUAUGAAAUGUUGAAUUAUAAACACGCAUAUUAUAUAUUAAUAUACACACACGUGCAUAUAUAUACGCGCAUAAAAAUAUAAACUACGGAAUGUGUGUAGCAAAUGAGCGUACUCAAGUGUGGACAGUAGCCAGUGUCCAAUAUUGUACUAAACUACAUCAAAUAAAUUCGCGUCAAACAACUUCCUACCUACCUAAUGAAUAAAAAGUAUAUAUCCAAAAAUAAAACAAACCAACACACACAUCAUUGAAAUACAAAUUACAUAUGUAUUGUGUCUUGUAUAUAAGUCUAUAUAAUAAAAAGAUACACAAAAGGAGUAAAA